GAACUCCGAGCAGCAGGCAGGCAGCAAAGUGACGGAACAAGGGAGAGGGGAGGUGAACGUCAGUAGGUUUCGACUUGAACAAGCUGACUGAAACGAGAGCGAAAAAAGAACACGUGAGGCAAACAGAAGCUCCAUUCGCAGACGUUCACUUCACGGACGAAACCUGAAAAGCAGUUAGUGGUAGGAGCAGUGCAGGCGUGCGCCGGCGACGGGCAGCCAGCAGCAAGAGAGUAUCUUAUCCCGCUCCCGCUCCCCAAACUCCGCCUGGAUUCCCGCAACCUUCCCGCGCCAACGGAUCUCGAAAACCCUCCUGUAGUCGCUAUGUCGCAGAGAUUUAGCCCUCCUACCCCUUCUACCUCUCUUCUACCUCACAUUUAGUUCUCUAGUUUUGAGCAAUCCGCCAUGGUUGUGCUCUGAGCGAGAUAUGGAGAAUGGAGAGACGGACGCUCUCGACGAAGAUCCCUCACAGCACGCGCAUAGAUAUCAGGAGCGACAACAGCCCGCCCCGUCGCACCACGUCGCCGCUGUCGACAGUGCGACGACCCUUGCGACGUUUUCACCCGUCGGCUCGUCGCCUCGCGCCGGUGCGUCGUCACAUCAUGGUCCGAGCGUCGGCGGUGGCGCUAGUGGCCCCGCGUCACAGACCACAGGUCAGCCCGCUGAACGCACCGUCUCACCUCACGCGCCAGCAUACGCCCAGGGGCCGCCAUCUGUAACUCUCCAGCAACAGCUGAACCAGCAAGAGCUGCAGCAACAGCCCCAGCAAGUAUGGCAGCAGCAGCAGCUGCAGGCACAAGACCCAGCAGCAUUCGUUCUCGAUCGCCAAAGGGUACAGCCACGUGAUUUAGGGUUUCAAUUGGAUGCUGUCGCUGCUCCAGUGACGCUGGCAACACCAGCAGCAGCACAAGCUAGGUCGGAAGGAGGGCAAGUAGGGAUAGAGGCUGCUGAGGUUGUGGGAGUGAGAACAACGCUUGCAUCUGUUGCACCAGGUCCGGGAUACCACGCAUCUGAAACAAGAGUUGCAACACCAGUUCUUGCCAGUUCUGUUGUGCCGCCUGCUGCUGCUCCUUCUGCUGCUGCUGCUGCUGCUGCUGCUGCUGUGGCGUCUGGAGGAGGUACAGCUGUUGAGGGCGACAGCAGUGAUACCGGGGAAACGAUCACUGGUGCGCUGCUGCAGCAGCAAGCAGCACGCGGCGCAGCAGGAAGUCGUUCGUCUCAGCCCGUUUUCCUCGCUGCUGCUUCUUCUCCCCCGGCUUCCAGCGUGGCCUUUGCUGCUUCACACGGCCCCGCUGUGUGUUUCUCGCCCCACCGGCGUUCUUCAGCGCCACAGGCUUGUUUGACAGCUGUGGCAGCAAGUGUGGCUAGUCCCAACGCAGCAGCAGGGCCGCUCAUUGCGUCGGCUGCACAUGCCACCAGCCUGCAUGCCCCGCCUGCCACUUGCUCACCCAUUACAAGCCCUGUUGCGAAGCAGGUUCCAAGUCCCGUUACUAGUCCUAUUACAAACCCUGUUACAAACCCUGUUACAAGUCCUGUUACAAGCCCUAUAGCGGAUAAGGUCGGUGCAGGGCCUGUGGGCACUGGUGGUACAGGUCAGCUGCACGGCUCACUGACUGGCACUGCUGCCUCCCAGCAUGCACCUUCGCCAGCACCAGCAGUGGCGGCAGGAGCAGCAGCAAGAGCAUCGCCAGCAGGAGCCGCAGGAGGAGCAGGAGCAGGGAAAGGGAGCAGUGGCGCCCAGUUACCCAGUGCGAAACUAACAGCAGGAGGAGCAGAGAGUGCGUCGCAGCUGUCAGCAGCACUGGCUGCAGCAGCAGGGGGAGGAGCAGCAGGGGGAGGAGCAGGGGGCAGCACGGGGGCGCAGCUGAAUGCAGCGCUGGCAGCGGCGGGGGGCAGCAGUGCGCAGCUGUCCGCUGCUCUGGCUGGGCUGACCGGCAGUGGCAGAGGCGGCCCCUCCAACGAGCCGAGACUCAGGGACGUGCUCAGCGACCCGCUCACAGGUCGCCUGCUCGAUGACGCGGUGGUGGGGUGCUGUGGGCAUUCUUUUGGAGGAGCAACGCUCGCAGUCGUGCGCGAAUCGAGCACGUGUCCCGAGUGCGGCGCGCACAUCGACCCCGCCACGCUCACCCCCAACCUCACUCUGCGUGCCGCCGUCGCUGCCUUCCGCCGCGAGUCCAGCUCCCUCGCUGCGGCCGCCAUGGCUGCUGCUGCCGCCGCCGCUGCUCAGCUCUCUGCCGACACCCCCAACCACCACCACGCCUCCUCCACCUCCCAGCACUCCCCCUCGCUCUCCUUCGCCGUCGCUGCUGCGGCCGCUGCUGCCACGGCAGCCGGCUCGCCACCAGCCGCCAUGGGCAGAGCGGGCCCCUCUCUCCUCUCCCCCUUCACUGCUGUGGCUGCCUCCCCCUCAGCCUCUAAACCCGCAAGCCCCCUCCAAACCUUGCCUGGUCCGGCCCGAACCAGCUACGCCGCUCCAGGCUCGGUAAACGCAGCAAGUCUCCGAGGUUCGGCCGAGGCUGGGCAGCAGGGUGCGCAGCAGGGUGGGCAGCAAAGCACCCACCCCGCACCUGUCCGCCCGGUUCGGUCGUCCAGCACGGCGCAGUUCCCGUUUAGAGUGAACGACAUCGUGCUUAUAAAGGGGAACAAGCGCACGCCGGAGCACUUCAUCGGGCGUAAGGCCAUCAUCACCACGCAGUGCCUCAACGGUUGGUACAUGGUGCGCACCCUCGAUGGCGCAGCGGACGAGGUGCGCCUGCAGUACCGGUCGCUGGAGAAGAUACAGGCAGCAGGCGGAGGGGCCGGAGCUGGGGGAGGAGGAGGAGGGGGUGUGGGGCGCGGCAGGGGAGGGCGCGGGGCGGGGAGGAGUGCGACGACAGCGUCGCCCAUCAGCACGCCGGUGUCGUUGUGCGGCAGCCUCUCCACGCCCAACGCCUCAGUCUGGACCGGUUCGGUGGCAGGUUCGGCAGCAGCUUCGGAUGCAGCAGGGGGUGCGUCUCGCUCCGUGUCCGUGUCUGGCGACUUUGGCAUGUGCAGCGGGCCAGCAGGGGAGGUGGAUCAAGGGGCCAUGUCCACCACGCCUAGAAGCGGCAUGUCCCAUGUGGCCCACAUGUCACAUGCCACUCACAUGCAUGCUGGCACUACGGCCACGGCACCUCAUACCAGCAUGUCAACACCACAUCACACCAUGUCCUCCGCUCACCGCAGCACAUCAACGGCCCCGCAGAGCACUGUGGUGCAUCCAACAGCCACCAGUGCGCCCACCACGCCUGCAUCCAUGAGCCAUCCUGCCACGCCUGUACCUGCCAGCCCAGGUUCGGCCGUACCUGCCAGUCCUGGGUCGGCCGUACCAGCAAGCCCAGGCUCGGUUGUAGGGGCGCAACGAGGCUCGGCCAUGGCUGCGAGUCCAGGUCCGGGCGCUUACCGCCCGUUGUUCCAAACUGGCCGGGGGUAUGUGGCGCAGAGAGCCGAUCCGGGAGGAGGUUUGGCAGUUGCAGGAGUGACAGGGGCAGGAGGAGCAGGAGCAGGAGGAGCAAUAGGAGCAGCAGGCGCAGCAGCUGAGGGAUCCGUUGUCAUGGGUGAGGGCCCGAGGAGGGUCGGCACAGCACAGGUCACGAGCUUCGGCGUUCCAAAGGCAGCAAGCUCUGCCGCAGCAGACUCGUCAGCAGCAGGAGCAGCAGCAGGCGGUUGUGUGACUGCAGGAUCGGCCGGGACGGUAUGUAUGAUGGUUGGUGGUCCGGGAAGGGGAGGAGAGGAGCAUUCUCUGGUGGGCAGUCAGGGGGCAUGCGAGGCGGUGCAGAGGAACGAGUAUGGACAGCAAGUGAGCCAGCAGAUUGCAGGGCAGCACGUACUGCAGCCCAUGGGACAGCAGGGUCACAUGGGGCAACAGGGUCACAUGGGUCAACAGGGUCAAAUGAGUCAACAGUGUCACAUGGGUCAACAGGGGCAACAGGGUCAGCAAUGUCAAGGGAGUCAAGGGUAUGGGCCUACGGGCCAGCAGCAGUUCACGGCUGCACCAGGGCCAGGGCCUCAACACGGGGGCGUGGAGAUGGUGCAGGGUUGGAGAGGGGCGAUGCAGGGUCAAAGAGUCACUAUGCAGGGUCAGGGGCUUACAAUGCAGAGUGGGGGGGGAAUGGUUCAGCCUCAGGCGGUUGUGAGUCAGGGGCAGGGAGUUGUGAUGCAGCAGCAGCCGGGUAUGCUAGAGAAUCAGGGGGGCGGCAUGCAGGGGCAGGGAGGAGGGGUGCAGAACGCGAUGGAGAGCAAGCACCACAGCUACGGGCGUGGGCGCUUUCUUUCCGGAGCAGGCGACAUGCUGCCUGCAACCUCUGGAUAUGGCACUGGGCUGGUGCACACCAGGAGUGCGGAGCUGCUUGCCCCACCACCCAUGCAGAGCGCAGCAGCACAGCAGACCAUGGCAGCACAGCAGCUGCAGCAGCAGCAGCAAAGGGGCGCGUUCAUUGCACAACACCACGCGUUCACACAGCAGCAGCAGCAGCAGCAGCAGCAGCAGGGCCUGUUGGGGCAGGAGCAGAGUUUGGAGGCUCAGCAGCAGAUGCAGCGGCUGCAGUCCCGGGCGGCAUCAGAGGCAGAGGUGGAGAGGAGCAUGGGCGUGCGACGUGCGAUGGACUCAAGUUACCAGCUAGGGGUGAUGGGCUCGCAUGCACAGCCACAGGCACAGCAGCAGGCACAGACACAGGCGCAGCAGGAGAUGAUGCACUUGCGUGCGCAGGUCAUGAGCCCGCCGCUUGGCGCAGUCAGUCCGCGCGCGAGUGUGGUGAGCCCGCCGUCCAGCAUGGUCGGUGCGUUUCACGGCCUGCUGAGCCCGUCCUUUGGGGUCGUCAAAAGUGAGGCGCAGGGGCUGGAGGGGUUUUCUUUGGGGCAGCAGCAACAGGCUCUGAGCUCCCUGCAGCAGCAGCAGCAACAACUACAGCAGCAGCAGCAGCAACAACAACUGCACCAACAGCAGCAGCAGCAACAGCAGCAGCAACAACUGCACCAACAGCAGCAGCAGCAGCAGCAGCAGCAGCAACAACUGCACCAACAGCAGCAGCAGCAGCAACAACAACUGCAGCCGCAGCAGCAAAUACAGCAGCAGCAGCAGCAGCAGCAGCAGGUGCAGCAGUUUGGUGCAGAGGAGGUGAAGGCGUCAAUGCAUCUGCCUGAAAGUACCAUUGGCAGCAAGAGCGGCAUGGACAGCAGCAAGGGCUCGGGAAACGGCUGUGCCCCCCCUACAGAAGCAGCACCGAUUUCACCAGCACAGGCAUCACAGGUACUGCAGGCAUCGCAGGAAGCAAGGAGCCGUCUUCCAUCCCAGGAGAACUGGUUGCCAUCACCGAAGCAGCAGCCGCCGCAGGCGAUGCUGCCCGUGAUGCGAUCUGCUUCGCAGGGGAUGCAGAGGGCGACUUCAGCGACGCCUUUCCCUGUGAGUACGGUGACCUCGGUCUGGAGGACUUGUCACGUGGGGGGGGCGGCAUUGACGGCAGCGGGCUUGAGUGGUUCGACCAGUUCUGAGCAAGGAGAGAGGAGCAAUGUUCUCUGUACAGUCACUCCAGGUACAGGCACACUGCACACAUGCACUCUGGAUACAGCGUGUGCUACUGCAGCUAGGGAGGGCAGCCAGCCUGGGCGUCUAAAAGUGGAGGAGUUAGUCAACAGAAGCAAGCACUGCACCGAUUACAGCAUGGCUAGUGGCUGCUUGCCAGUGGGCGAAGCAUGGGAUUUGAGAGCUAUUACGACAAACGGAUCAGUUAAAGCAGCAGCGGUGGCAGCAGAAUCAGCAGCAACGGCUCCAGCAGCAACAGCAGCACCAGCAGCAGCAGCAGCAGCACCAGCAGGAGCAGCGGCAGCAGUGUGCGUGCUGCCUCGGCAGUUUCCAGCCCAUCAUCUCCCUUGGUCUACCGCUCGGGCUCUUUUCACAGACUCACUGCUCCCAGCUGAUGCCCGCUCCACAGCUCCUACAGCGUGCCAUGGCCUUGCCAAUGCUACCACUGCGGCUGCCACAAUUGCUGGCAAUGCUGCUGCUGCCAGCGCACUUGAUGGUGUUGCUGUUACUGCCAGUGUUAUGAACGCCCCUGCUGUUGCUGCAGGUUCUGCAGGGCCUUGUGGACAGGCUGCAGCUCAGCAUGCUGCUGCUUGGGCUGCUGCUGCUGGUGGUGCUGCUGGUGGCAAGGGCGCCUUGACAGGGACUGGUGUUGAGAACGGUGCAGGUGACGCUGGCAAUGGUGCCGAGGCUGGUGCUGGUGGUGAUGCGGAUGGUGAUGCUGGUGCAUGUGGUACUGGGGUGGACGGGGACUCUUGUGAUGCCAUUGCUGAUGCUGCUGCUCCUGGGACUCAUGCACACACAUCUGCGCAUGCAGCCAGUGCCAGCACACUCACAUCAGCCUGUGCUGCUCACAUUGUGCGCAGCCAUAACAUGCAUGCAGAGCCAGGCCAUCCCGUGCCACCGCGUCCACCUGUGAUUGCUGACAUUUAUCCACCUUCAUCGCCGUCUGAGGGACAAGGCUCACCACCACCUGAUCCUUCACCUGAUCCGUCACGUAAUUCAGCACCUGAUCCUUCACCUGAUCCUUCACCUGAUCCUUCACCUGAUCCUUCACCUGACCCACCUCCUGACCUACUGUUGGGUCAAACAGAGAAAUUGGGAGCAGAAGCAAAAGUCGUGGGAGAAGGGGAAGACGUGGGAGAUGGGGGCAGGCAGGAGGGACGGGGGGCGCAGGAAGGGGAAUCAGAUGGGCGUGGGGGGGAUGGGGGGCGGCGAGAGGAGGGGCGUGGGGGGGAUGGGGGGCGGCGAGAGGAGGGGCGCGGGGGGAUGGGAAUGGGGGAAGGGGGGAGGAUGGCGAGGGCGGAGGGGGCGGUGAAUGGGAUGGAUUCGGGGGUGGAGGAGGUGGAGAAGGGGGGGAUGAGGGUGGGGAGAAAAGAGGGGAUGAUAAGGCAGAGGGUGAUAAGGGCGAGGGUGACGAGGGAGAGGAUGAUGAGGGCGAGGAGGAAGCAGAAGGCGAGGAGGAAGCAGGAGGCGAGGAGGAGGAGGAAAAGGAAGGAGAUGAGGAAAGGGAGGAGGAAGAAGUGCGAGAAGAACAGGCAGCAGAAUUAGGGGCUGAAGGGAAGCGGAGAGCAGGGGAGUGCAGGGAGGAGGGAGUGAGGAAGAAGAGGAGGCUAGGGGCAGGUUCGACGGGGCAUGCGGGCUCAACCCUUCGCACUGACGCACAGCAUGGUUUGGGUAGCGACAGCGUUGCGGAUGCUGCUGUGCCGCUGCAAGGGAUGACGGCGCUGCAGGAUGCCAUGGCGCUGGGGCUGGCUCGUUGCAGUGGGGGCGGGGGACCCUCGGGCUGCAGGCGCACGAACGGGGCCACGAGAGCACGAGAGCACGAGGGCACGAGAGUGGCAGCUGCGAGCAGCAGUGGCUCCGCCUCCCCCAAAAUGACGGCGCUUGAUCUGCUGAGGAGGAAGAGCCCAGCGCCCCCAUCCGUUGUCCUGCCGCCGCUGCCAACACUCGUGCUCACACCCGCACCACUUGCACCCGCACCACUUGCGCCUGCUGCAGUCGCACCACCAGCACCAGCGUUCCCUGCUCCAGCUGCUCUUUCCGCACCCCUUUUCUCACCAAGUGGGCCUGCACCAGUUGCGCCUGCACCAGUUGCGCCUGCAGCAACGUCCCCAGCAAGCGAGUAUGAGGUGGAGGUGGAAGAAGAGGACAGAG